CGGGUGCUUCUAGGGAGCUCCCAGAGUCGCCUCCCCCUGUUGCUGGCAUCCCGAGCUUCCUCCCUCGCCAGCCAGGACGCUGCCGACUUGUCUUUGCCCGCUGCUCCGCAGGCAAGGCUGCAAAGCUGCAGCUAGUGAAGUUGGCCUCCCUGCCCACCUGUGGAAGAAACUGCGCUGAUUGAUGCGCCAUCGACUUUUUUCCCCUCGACCUCGCCGGCGUCCCCUCCCACAGAUCCAGCAUCACCCAGUGAAUGUACAUUAGGGUGGUUUCCCCCCCAGCUUUGGGCUUUGUUUGGGUUUGAUUGUGUUUGGCUCUUCGCUAAGCUGAUUUAUGCAGCAGAAGCCCCACCGGCUGGAGAGAAACAAAAGCUCUUUUCUUUGUCCCGGACCAGGCUGCGGAGCCCUUGCAGAGCCCUCUCUCCAAUCGCCGCCGGGGCCCUUGGCCGUCGAAGGAGGUGCUUCUCGCGGAGACCGCGGGACCCACCGUGCCAAGCCGGGAGGGCCGCAGGGGCCCUGAGAUGCCGAGCGGUGCCCGGGCCCGCUUACCUGCACCGCUUGCUCCGAGCCGCGGGGUCAGCCUGCUAGGCCUGCGGAAAACGUCCUAGCGACACUCGGCCCGCGGGCCCCGAGGUGCGCCUGGGAGGCGCGAGCGCGCGUCCGGAAAGCAGCCAGGCGGCGGGCGCGGGGCGGGCUGUUUUGCAUUAUGUGCGGCUCGGCCCUGGCUUUUUUUACCGCUGCAUUUGUCUGCCUGCAAAACGACCGGCGAGGUCCCGCCUCGUUCCUCUGGGCAGCCUGGGUACUUUCACUUGUUCUUGGACUGGGCCAAGGUGAGGACAAUAUAUGUGCAUCUUCAAAUGCAGCAUCCUGUGCCAGGUGCCUUGCGCUGGGUCCAGAAUGUGGAUGGUGUGUUCAAGAGGAUUUCAUUUCAGGUGGAUCAAGAAGUGAACGUUGUGAUAUUGUUUCCAAUUUAAUAAGCAAAGGCUGCUCAGUUGAUUCAAUAGAAUACCCAUCUGUGCAUGUUAUAAUACCCACUGAAAAUGAAAUUAAUACCCAGGUGACACCAGGAGAAGUGUCUAUCCAACUGCGUCCAGGAGCUGAAGCUAAUUUUAUGCUGAAAAUUCAUCCUCUGAAGAAAUAUCCUGUGGAUCUUUAUUAUCUGGUUGAUGUCUCAGCAUCAAUGCACAAUAAUAUAGAAAAAUUAAAUUCUGUUGGCAACGAUUUAUCUAGAAAAAUGGCAUUUUUCUCUCGUGACUUUCGCCUUGGAUUUGGUUCAUAUGUUGAUAAAACAGUUUCACCAUACAUUAGCAUCCACCCUGAAAGGAUUCAUAAUCAAUGCAGUGACUACAAUUUAGACUGCAUGCCUCCCCAUGGAUACAUCCAUGUGCUGUCUUUGACAGAGAACAUCACUGAGUUUGAGAAAGCAGUUCACAGACAGAAGAUCUCUGGAAACAUAGAUACACCGGAAGGAGGUUUUGACGCCAUGCUUCAGGCAGCUGUCUGUGAAAGUCAUAUUGGAUGGCGAAAAGAGGCUAAAAGAUUGCUGCUGGUGAUGACAGAUCAGACAUCUCAUCUUGCUCUUGAUAGCAAAUUGGCAGGCAUAGUGGUGCCCAAUGACGGAAACUGCCAUCUGAAAAACAACGUCUACGUCAAAUCGACAACCAUGGAACAUCCCUCACUAGGCCAACUUUCAGAGAAAUUAAUAGACAACAACAUUAAUGUCAUCUUUGCAGUUCAAGGAAAACAAUUUCAUUGGUAUAAGGAUCUUCUACCCCUCUUGCCGGGCACCAUUGCUGGUGAAAUAGAAUCAAAGGCUGCAAACCUCAAUAAUUUGGUAGUGGAAGCCUAUCAGAAGCUCAUUUCAGAAGUGAAAGUUCAUGUGGAAAACCAGGUACAAGGUGUCUAUUUUAACAUUACGGCCAUCUGUCCAGAUGGGUCCAGAAAGCCAGGCAUGGAGGGAUGCAGAAACGUGACAAGCAACCAUGAAGUUCUUUUCAAUGUAACAGUUACAAUGAAAAAAUGUGAUGUCACAGGAGGAAAAAACUAUGCAAUAAUCAAACCUAUUGGUUUUAAUGAAACCGCUAAAAUUCAUAUACACAGAAACUGCAGCUGUCAGUGUGAGGACAACAGAGGACCUAAAGGAAAGUGUGUAGAUGAAACUUUUCUAGAUUCCAAGUGCUUCCAGUGUGAUGAGAAUAAAUGUCAUUUUGAUGAAGAUCAGUUUUCUUCUGAGAGUUGCAAGUCACACAAGGAUCAACCUGUUUGCAGUGGUCGAGGAGUUUGUGUUUGUGGGAAAUGUUCAUGUCACAAAAUUAAGCUUGGAAAAGUGUAUGGAAAAUAUUGUGAAAAGGAUGACUUUUCUUGUCCAUAUCACCAUGGAAAUCUGUGUGCUGGGCAUGGAGAGUGUGAAGCAGGCAGAUGCCAAUGCUUCAGUGGCUGGGAGGGAGAUCGGUGCCAGUGCCCUUCAGCAGCAGCCCAGCACUGUGUCAAUUCAAAGGGCCAAGUGUGCAGUGGAAGAGGCACGUGUGUGUGUGGAAGGUGUGAGUGCACCGAUCCCAGGAGCAUCGGCCGCUUCUGUGAACACUGCCCCACCUGUCAUACGGCCUGCAAGGAAAACUGGAAUUGUGUGCAAUGCCUUCACCCUCACAAUUUGUCUCAGGCUAUACUUGAUCAGUGCAAAACCUCAUGUGCUCUCAUGGAACAACAGCAUUAUGUCGACCAAACUUCAGAAUGUUUCUCCAGCCCAAGCUACUUGAGAAUAUUUUUCAUCAUUUUCAUAGUUACAUUCUUGAUUGGGUUGCUUAAAGUCCUUAUCAUUAGACAGGUGAUACUACAAUGGAAUAGUAACAAAAUUAAGUCCUCGUCAGAUUACAGAGUGUCAGCCUCAAAAAAGGAUAAGUUGAUUCUGCAAAGUGUUUGCACAAGAGCAGUAACCUACCGACGUGAGAAGCCUGAAGAAAUAAAAAUGGAUAUCAGCAAAUUAAAUGCUCAUGAAACUUUCAGGUGCAACUUCUAAAAAAAGAUUUUUAAAUACUUAAUGGGAAACUGGAAUUCUUAAUCAUUGCUCCUAAAGAUUAUAAUUUUAAAAGUCACAGGAGGAGACAAAUUGCUCACGGUCAUGCCAGUUGCUGGUUGUAUACUCGAACGAAGACUGACAAGCAUCCUCAUCAUGAUGUGACUCACAUAGCUGCUGACUUUUUCAGAGAAAAAUGUGUCUUACUACUGUUUGAGACUAGUGUCAUUGUAGCACUUUACUGUAAUAUAUAACUUAUUUAGAUCAGCAUAGAAUGUAGAUCCUCUGAAGAGCACUGAUUACACUUUACAGGUACCUGUUAUCCCUACACUUCCCAGAGAGAACAAUGCUGUGAGACAGUUUAGCAUUGUGUCACUACAAGGGUACAGUAAUCCCUGCACUGGACAUGCGAGGAAAAAAAUAAUCUGGCAAGUAUAUUCUAAGGUUGCCAAACACUUCAACAGUUGGUGGUUGAAUAGACAAGAACAGCUAGAUGAGUAAAUGAUUCGCGUUUCAUUCUUUCAAGAGGUGGACAGAUAAAACCUUAAUCUUAAAAGAUUAUUGCUUUUUAAAGUGUGUAGUUUUAUGCAUGUGUCUUUAUGGUUUGCUUCUUUUUACAAGAUGGAUACUAAUUCCAGCAUUCUCUCCUCUUUGCCUUUAUGUUUUGUUUUCUUUUUUACAGGAUAAGUUUAUAUAUGUCACAGAUGACUGGAUUAAUUAAGUGCUAAGUUACUACUGCCAUAAAAAACUAAUAAUACAAUGUCACUUUAUCAGAAUACUGGUUUUAAAAGCUGAAUGUUAAUAGGGGACACUGUAAAGUACCAUCAAAAUCUGAAUAGCUUCAUUGUGCACAGGUGUGGAGUUUUGUAUCUUCUUACCUGGUAAACUGAAGGGAUUGUUUGGCCAUUUCAUUUACCUGAUCAUUAAUUCACAAGAUAUUUAGAAAUUCUGCCUCAAGCAAAGUACCACAUUUUGAAUGUUUUCUUAGAUUUUGAUUGCAAGUAGAUAUCAGCGUUUUUUAAAUGAAAAGCUAUAUUAUCUUUUCUCUUCAAGGCAGCCUAAGGAUGUUCUCUCCCGGAAUCACUCCAACCCUUCUUGCCAGAAUCCAUAAAAGUAUAAAAUUGGAGGAGAAUAGAUGAUAUCUUAGAUAUCUUAGAAAUAAGCUAUUUUUUUUUUUU